GGCUCCUCCUCUUCGCGGAUGUGGAGCUGUUUGUUCCGGUGUUUGGAGCCGUGAGAGACGUCUGUGAUUGGCACUGAGCUGACAUCUUCCUCCGGCGACACAUCCAUCCAACCGUGAACCGAUCGAUAAGCACUGAUCCAGGCGUCAAUCCGAGCACCAGAGGCCGCCGUCUGGACGCCUCUCUUCCCCGCGAACGGCGCUCUGGUCUCGGCGUGGCGCUAGACCUCUGCUCGGGGAAGACAGCGCUGGCAACGGGUCCACUGGUGUCCGGGAUUCCUCCACGCUCCAGGAGGUUUUUUGUUUUUUUUAAGAGACAUGUUCUAUUAAAAGUCUGGACAUGUACACGGUUUGGUAGUUUCAGCGGGAGGCGGUGGUAAACAAGCCGGUCCUGGAGCGCUUUUGCCCGGGUAGGAGCUAAAGGCUGGGCGGCUCCGCUGGUUCGGCUGGUCCGCAUGACUCGGACUAAGAAGGCGGCUUUUCCCUCGGGUUAGUCCAGGAUAAGACGUGGAUUAAUGCGUUCCAAGUGGGCCUGUUUAACCACACGUAGGACUGGUUUAUCCCGGGUUAGUAAGCGAGACUAUCCCGGAUACACUUAAUCUGUUUUACGGUUAAACGGUUAAACGGUUCGACGGGAUUCCUCCUCGCCAACACGCCGGUGACAGCGCACGUUUUCCGGGCGUCGCUGCGGAGACGUCCCGCUGACAUGUCCUGGCUGUGGAGGCUGGACUCUGUAGUGUUCUGAUUCACGCCGGGAGACGUGAGCAUCCCCGGGCGGGAGGACAUGGCGGACGGCGCCCGGACCGCGAGCCCCGUGGCCGGGAAGAGGCGCGGGCAGCAGCCGUCGCCCUCGCUCCGGCCCCGGUUCCAGAGCCCCGCCACCGGGCACAGCUUCAGGAAAGUGACGCUGACGAAGCCCACGUUCUGCCACAGCUGCAGCGAGUUCAUCUGGGGGCUGGCGGGCUUCGUCUGUGAGGUGUGUAACUUCAUGAGCCACGAGAAGUGUCUGAAAACUCUGAGGUGUGUGUGCUCCGCUCUCACGCCCACCACCAUCUCUGUGCCCGUGGCUCACUGUCUGCUCCCCGCACACAAGAAGAGGUUCUGCUGCGUGUGUCGUAAACCUACAGGGGGCAGCACUGAUCUGCGCUGUGAGGUGUGUGAGCUCCACGUUCACUCAGACUGUGCUGUUUUCGUCUCUGCCGACUGCCGCUGCUCCCACCUGGACUCUCCGCUCCACAGCCCCGAUACCUGGCCUCACCACUGGCGGGAGGGCUGCGCGUCGUCCUCGUGUCGCUGUGAGGUGUGUCGGCGCUCGUGUGGAUCCUCGGACGUGCUCACGGGGCUCCGCUGCGAGUGGUGCGGCAUCACGAGCCAUGGCACCUGCUUCGUGAGCGUUCCUCCAGACUGUAACUUCGGUCGACUCCGGACCAUGAUCCUGGACCCGCGCUGUGUCCGACUGGAGUCCAGGAACUUCAGCAAAAUGCACCUGUACAGAGUCCAGGAGAGCAGCGUCCCAGAGCAGGACACCUCAGAUGAAGUGGACGUCUCUUUGGCCGUGAUAAAAGACGGUUCCACUGCCGCUGCCGAGUCCGGGAGACAGUUCUUAAAAGUGUUCGACGGAGACGACGCCGUGAAACGAGGAAGCUCCAGAACCGUGUCCGUCUCCAGGGCGACAAACAACGACGAAGUGGUGGAGGCAGCACUGAGAGCGUAUUAUCUCCCUGACGACCCUCUGGACUUCGAGCUGCAGGAGGUUAAUCUCCAUGGCAACGGGCAUCAGGGUCUCCAUGCCGACGGCGGAGGAGAGGACGCGGCACAGAACGAUCCGACCCACGACGAGGAAGACGUCCUGAACCAAAACAGAAACGGACUGAACCAGAACCAGGACCAGCCCGAGGACCGAGGCGAGACCUGGGUGCUGAGGGCCAAACCCAAGUACUCGGAAGUCAUCAAGGUCUACCAGGACUGGGAGAGGUCGGACUCGUCUUUUGUCCAAGUGUCGGUCUCUGAGAACAUCACAGCAGCCAGAGUCCUGAACGAGGUCCUGGGACGACUGGGACGACAGGGAGACGAGCAGUCCAGCUACAGUCUGCAGGAGGUCUACAUGAACCACAAACAAGUCAUGAAGCAAACUCUGGGGCCUAAAGAGAAAGUCCUGGACAAAGUCAGAGAAAUCAGAAAGGUGUCUUUGCGGCAGAUGCACCAGACGCGGUUCUACGUGGCGGAGAACAGGAGGUCAGAGGUGAACGUGGAGCUGCUGAUCGGAGGACUGCCCCCCCUGCUGGACACGCAGGACUACAGCCGCGUACUCGAAGAACACCUCGCUGUCAAGAGUAAUUUGGUCUCAAUAAGUCAAGUCUAUGGAGCUCAAGGUUGGCUGUCUCUGCAGAUCUCGUGUUUCUCGGAGGCAGAGAGGAUUUUCAUGUUGGCCAAAGACACGACCGUCUCCAACAAACAGCUCACUUCACUCGUCUGUCCACAAAUACAGGUGGAGAGGCUGUGCCCAGAGGAGCACCCGCUCCUCGUGUUUGUGAAUCCUAAAAGUGGAGGACUCAAAGGACGAGAGCUUCUGCACGGAUUCAGAAAGAUCCUGAACCCUCACCAAGUGUUUGACAUCAGCCACGGAGGACCACUGCCGGGGCUGCACGUGUUCCGGUCCGUCCCCCGCUUCAGGGUGCUCGUGUGUGGGGGGGACGGCUCCGUGGGCUGGGUCCUGUCGGUGCUGGAGACCAUCAGGCACAAGAUGGUCUGUAGAGAACCUCCACUCGCCAUCCUGCCUCUGGGAACAGGUAAUGAUCUGUCUCGAGUGCUUCGCUGGGGGGCGGGUUACAGCGCCGAGCCCCCCCUCUCUGUGCUGCAGUCUGUGGAGGAGGCGGACGAGGUGCUCAUGGACCGCUGGACCAUCCUGCUGGACGCACAGGACCUGAGCCAGACUGGGACUGACAACGGCUACCUGGAACCCCCCAAGAUCGUGCAGAUGAAUAACUACUUUGGUCUUGGGAUUGACGCUGAGCUCAGUUUGGAUUUUCAUUUGGCCCGUGAAGAUGAUCCGGACAAGUUCACCAGCAGAUUUCACAAUAAGGGCGUGUAUGUGAAAGUGGGCCUACAGAAGAUCAGCUACAGCAGAAGUUUGCACAAAGAGCUCCAGCUCCAGGUGGACUUUGAGACGGUCCCACUGCCCAACAUCGAGGGACUCAUCUUCCUCAACAUACCCAGUUGGGGCUCCGGGGCCGACCUGUGGGGGUCUGAGACGGACGGUCGCUUCAGGAAACCGAGCAUCGACGACGGACUGCUGGAGGUGGUGGGCGUCACUGGAGUGGUCCAUAUGGGCCAGGUGCAGAGCGGUCUGAGGUGUGGGAUCCGCAUCGCUCAGGGGAACUACAUCCGGCUGACGGUGAGUAAAGAAGUCCCUGUGCAGGUGGACGGAGAGCCCUGGGUCCAGCCUCCGGGACACAUCAUCAUCUCUGCAGCAGGACCCAAGGUUCGGAUGUUGCGGAAGUCCAAGCAGAAGCAGAAGAAGCACGCGUCCGGCGGGAAAGACAGCCCGUCCUCCCACAAAGACGCCGCACACUGAGACUUUUGGACAGAGCGAGUUUACACUGCCACAGAAAUACUGCUGUUUCUCACGAAGGCUCAAGCGGGAACUGGGUUUAGACCUGGUUUAGUCCUGGUUUCGUCAUAGUAUUGUCUGAAAUAGUUUCUGGAUUAGUCCUGGUUUGGUUUCAGUGUGGUCCUGGUUUAUUAACAUUAGUGCGUUAACUCCGUAUAGUCCGAGCUGGUUUAGACCUAGUUUAGUUUAGUCUAGUCUUGGUAGAGCUUCUGGUUGAGUCCUGGUUUAGAUCUGGUUUGAACCUAGUUUUGUCAGUCUCGGUUUAGACCUGCUGUUGCUCUAGUUUAACCCAGUUUUCCAAGUUCUAGUCCGAUCUAUCCUGGUUUAGUCCUCGUUAAACCUCGAUUCAGUCGUCAUUUGGUCAUAAUCGUUUGGGUUUCAGCUUUCUGUUACAUUCUGAAGACUUUUACCACUCAAAAACAUGUUAAUCGCUAUGGUAACAGUCCUUAUUUUUCAUCAUUCUGAAAUCCAUACAUAGGUUGUGUUCACGUUGAAGAAUAUUUUCAGCUGGAGGGCAGGAGAUUCACUGUUUUUGGAAGAAAUCUCCAAACUUCUGAUCCACAAAUGUUGAUCCUUCUCUUUCUGAAGCUCCUUUUAUUUAUUUAUACAAACAGCGAAGACUUUGAACCUUGCGCCGUUUUUUGUUUCGUGUGGAUAGGCCCAGUAAUUACAGAGAUAUGAACCGAAAACCGAGGCAACAAAUCUGCAAUUUAAGCAGUUACACAGAAAAUUUCACCUGAAAAUUCUGACCUAUCUUUUUUAUUUAUUAUUUAUUAUUAUUUUUUAUUAUUACAAAGAUAAAUACAAAUUAUACAAAUACAAUAAAAUACAUAAGACAAGGGGAAAUAGAGAUAACGCCAGUGAAGGAGGUCACACAUAAGGAAAAUUCAUGUUUACAAAAAAAAAGAGAAAAAGUAUAGAUUAAAUUACUUAAGAAUUUCCAGAGUUUUAACAACAAGUGGAUGGUUUUCUUAUAAUACUGGAUUUCAGAAAGGAAAAUGAGAAAGUAGGGUUUAUUAUUAAUUAAUUUACAUGUAUAAAUAUUAAAUUUUGCUAGCUCCAGUUCAAACUGUCGAGCUGUUAAGUGAGGAGGUCAUUUCCGGGUCCAUCCAGAAACUUCACCGCGUUUUCGUGCUUUAAUUUUGUUCUUUUAUUAAACAAGAGACAUUUACCUUUCAACAGCGUGUUUUUAACCAAAAUAUGUAAAUAAUGUAGUGAAAAUCAAUCAUAACAAGUGUAAAUGUCUCACUAACUGGUCAAUACUAACGCUAUCUUAGCCUAGCCUAGCCUAGCCUAGCUUCUUACCUCAACCUCCCUCGCACACUUUCUGUUACAGUUAAAAUCGUAGAACUGUGCUUAUUACUUUUAUUAUUAUUAUUAUUAUCAGAUUUUUUUUAUUAUUAUUACUAUUUAUUAUUAUUAUUUUUACAUGCUUAUUACUUUUUUAAUGUGAGAUGUGGCUAAAAUUAGCGGAGGGACCCGGAAAUUACAACACACUUAACAGCUGUAUUGAUAUUCAGUUACAAUGCACACGUUAGCGAACACUGUCGGAAAAGUUAUAAGAUCAUCUGAAAAUUCAAGAAAACAAAACACAAAAUGAAUUUAAACAGCUCAUUUUCAGGAAUCAAGACGAGGAGUCUGAUUUACUACAAAAAGUGAAAGUGACUAACUGAAAAACUGUUGCCUAACGCUAAAGACUUGUUUAAGAUAGAGAUGGGCUAAAAAAAUAUAUUAAAAAAAUAUCGAUAUAGUGUAUCGUUUAAUGUCAUGACACAGUAUCGAUAUCAUGGGCUGCUGUAUCGAUAUAUCACCAAGAGUAAUUUUUGGUAUAUUUUAGUAAAUUAUUUUGUUACAGCGCUACAGUUUUGUUGCUUGAUCAGAGGACGGACAGACUUGACAUUUUCACUGAUUAAAAGUGGUUUAACAAAGACCUAACAAACACAGCCACAAUUUAACCUUUAUUUUGUAUUGAACCGUAUCGAAUUGAUUUGAAAUAUAUCGCAUUGAAAGUACACUGUAUUGAGGUAUGUAUCAUAUCGGCAAUUUCUUAAUGAUACUCAGCCCUUGUUUAUGAGCACAAAUCAUUUCUACCUGUUAUAGUUCUAACUAAACCACUAGGGAUGUAACAAUAACCGAAAUAUUGUGAUAUCGUAUCGUCAAAAGUCUCACAAUAAUAUCGUGGGCUGUCACAACAUAUCGAAUCACAAGUUCCUUGCUUAAAUGCAUGGUUUUAUAGUACCAACAGCUUAUAAACAUCGGAAACUACAUAUCCCAUGAUGCAUUUCAGUGUAAACAACAUGAAGAGAUAUGUUUUUUACUUGAAUUCUUGGGAUUAAGAUGGAAAUAAUUCACAACAAAAUCUUGUCAAGACAUUUUAAAAGCAAAAAAGUGUUCCUUCUACAAUUAUAUAAGCCUCUUCGAAAUAUCGUAAUAAAUAUCGUACCGUGAAAUGCAUAUCGUGACAGUAUCGUACCGUGAGAUUUGGAUAAACCAGCUCUUUCUGACUCUCUCAAGUAUCAACAGAGAUUCCUCGCUGUUGUGGUUUCACGUGAACACAACCUAUGACACACUCCAGCACCACCUCAUUUAUUUAGUUUUUAUUUUUUUUUUUUUCUUGCUUAAUUGUGAUGUUUUAAAAAGCAGCAUUGCGUAACUUUUGUGGUGGAUCUUUUCCGUCAAACGCUUUUCUCCACGGAGACGUAAUUGCUUUGUCUGGAAUUAAACGUUUCUAGCUCCACGGAGACCAAACUAGACCAAGUUACGGGUCAGAUCUGCGGAGAGGCAACCCCGCUCGCAGUCAGAAUGCCUGUUUUUCUCUGGAUUUGUAACUGAAUAAAUAUAAAUUAGAACUGUUUAACGUCAUACCGCGGAACAUUCCAGGCAAAGCAAUGACGUAUCCAUAGAAACAAGCACAUAACGGACCCCCGACCAAAAAGUCACGCAUUGCAGCUUUAUUUCUAUUCUAAUGUCUUAACUUGAACACUACGUCUCCAAGUCUAACUCAUAGAAGUAUUCCCAGUGCUGUUUGCCACCUGUAGCAGUAGAGUCUGUUACCGUAACUAUUGUAAAAAAAAAAAAAAGGUGCAGCUAUUUUUCGUAUCGGCUUCUGUCUGUGGGUAAUACCGUACUGCUGUUUUAGUAAUUACACGACCGUUUUGCACAACGCGAAAUGUAACUGGAGGAACUACGACGUCUUACCUGAAACGUUUCUACGAUCGAAGGAUGCUGCCAUUCGAAGAAGUGUCUUUAAGUCCAGGUUUAGUUCCGGUUUAAUCCUGGUUUAGACGCCUUUUAGUGCUGUUUUUUAGUCGCUGUUUUACUGUUUACAAGUUAAAGGGCCGAUAUUACGCUAUUUUCUGAUUUGUUUUAAUGUCGUUUCCUUGUCACAAACCGACCUGGAGUUGUGUUUUGUUUCAUUCACACAUGUUUAACGCACAAAUCCUGCAUAUUUAAGCUGAGUUCUUCUCUCAAAUUGAAAGAAGAUGUCAUGUGGUAAUACAGGAGGGGCUCCAUUGUGUUUUUAAACUCCAUACACCUUCGCAUGGAUAAUUUCAGCCCUGGAAUUGCCAAUGAACUAAAGGUAAAAAGAGCUGUUAACUUGAAAACUACUGCGUCACAGAGCAUUUCGAGUUUUGGAGAUGUAGACAGACUAACGCUGAACGAUCUCAGACAACACGAUUUUGGGAGCGUCAAAGCCAUGUUUUUUUUUGCAGUGCUCCUAAACCCCGAUUUAUGGAUUUAUGGAUCUGCGUCGAGGUCUGUGCACUGCGAAGUAAUUCACGACCACAAAACGAGGAGAAAAGGAUUUAAACCUGGCGUUCAUGUACAGUUUAACAUGAACCAUCUCCAACAUGAUAGAAGUACAGAACAGACUCACCAUCAUCAGCACAUCCUCUGUCACAGAGAGAAAACUCAUAUUCCACUGAGUCGUGUCCUUUAGAGUUCAGAAGCUGAACCACAUCAGCGCACAAUCGCGAGCUGUUUUUUGAGCGCUUAAAGUUUAUGCAAAUUAGCCAUGUGGUUUUAAGUUUGUCUCUGUAAAACGUAAACAAAUAUGCUCAAAGUUGUGUGGAUAGGGAAGACUUGCGAACACAGAAACGACGUGCUUGUACGCAAAUUGUUUCCGAUACGGUGAUUGGUUGAUUUGUUUUAGUGUAAACAUAACCUGAGUCUGACAGAAGCUGAACGCAUCAGUCACAAGGAGCGAGCUGUUUUUUUUCAGCGCUUAUAGUUUAUGCAAAUGAGCCAUGUGGUUUUAAGUUUUGUUUCUGUAAAAUGUAAACAAAUGUGCGCAUGAAA